UGGGAAGAAAUAACAAAAAAAUUUUCCGAAAUUUUAUAUCCUCUUGGAUUUGAUUUAGUGAAAGCAUUUCCUGCUCAGAGAUAUAACUCAAAUAUAUCACCUGCAAAUUCAUUGGCUCCACUACCAACAUAUUUUCGAACAUCAACUUUAUCGAUCAUUGUAGGAAAUACUAAACUUCUUUGGCCAAAUUUUUUAAAAUUUUAUACCAAAUUUUCAAACAUCACAACUAAAGCAACUAAAAGUAAAUCUAGAUCCAAUCAUCUCAUAAACUCAUCGUCAUAUGACCAAGAUGAUGACCUAGAGAGAUUUAAACAAAACAAUCCUCUUGAUUGGUAUACCAUCCAAAGUAUCACUUCAGCUGUCAAACAAUUAAUUUCUAGAAAUAACAUUUCUAUUAGGUAUUCUGAUAUAAAAUAUGAUAUAAGAUAUACCUUUGAUUUUGAUGAAAAGAAAUUUGUAGCCUUCCAACGAUUAGCUCAAGAUGCUGGUUUGGCUUAUUAUAAUAGAACUUGUUUUUUGUGUGUUCAUGAAGAAUUUGGACCUUGGUUUGCAUUAAGGGCUGUUGUAACAUUUGAUAUAGAAGGUCCACCAAAUGACUCAUACUUAUUUCCACCACUUAAAAAUCCAUAUCCCGAAGGUGAUGAACUGCUUAAAUUAAAGAUGACCAAAAUUUUUGGAACUGAAAAUCACAACUAUCAUCAAUCCGCAACAUUAUCAUCACAUUCGUCCAAAUAUGAACCUGCUAAAAGAAAAACAGGAACGGAUGAUGAUAUAAUAAAAAAUUUUAUGAAUUCGCGGGGCGAUGCGGAAUGGUACGAGUGGGUAGAAUUAAGAGACAUUGUAUCUGGAUUUAUGACUAAAUAUAAUUUAGAAAAAUACAGAUACACUGAAAAACAAAUAGAAUAUCAUUAUACUCAUAAUUUGAAAUUGUUACAAGAUUUAUGUAAAAAGAUUUCUUAA